AUGACGACAGUGACGAAGGCUUCACUAUCAAUCAUACAGGCCACAAAAUUCAAGACCAUAACCCGGCAGCGGCUGAGGAAGUAUUCCUGGUUGCCGGAUGUACUGCGUGUUAAAGGAAGCGUCGUGCCCCGCAUUGUUGGACCCGUCUUGACUGUUACCGUGUUCGCAAGCAUCGUAGCAUGGGCGUCAGCUCGUGGAGCAGAUAUCUCUCUCACAAAUUCAGUGGUUCCACUACUAGCUGUGGUUGUAGGUCUUAUACUAGUAUUUCGGAAUGGAACAUCUUAUGACCGUUAUUAUGAAGGUCGAAAGGAUUUUGGGACUAUGACAUCUCACAUUCGCAAUCUUUCUCGCCUGAUCUGGGUGAACGUUGCUGUACCUCCAGCAGACGACAUCUCGAAGGGCAAGUCGCCCAGUGCUAACCUGACUGCCAUCGAGCUCCGGCGCCGUAAGGUUGAUGCGCUUAAGCUCUGCGUAUGUUUCGCUUUCACUGUGAAACAUUACCUGCGUGGCGAGGAUGGACUGGACUGGGAAGACUAUGCGGGAAUAUUGCCUGCGUCUACUGCACGUUUGGGGCAGAAUGGCCUUAAUUCUCGUAAGACCUCUGCUUUCGUCUCAUAUUCUGCCACGGCGCGCACGUCCCGGAGCAACAGCCGUGUUGGGAGCACAGACGAGGUCGACAGCGAAAGGAGCUCGGUGGUCUCACCAGACGCGACAAAACGUGUCCGCGUGAAGCGAAGCAAGGAUAAGUUGAAACAGCCUGGUGUGCAAGGGUCGAGGACGCCCUUGAUGAGCACUUUGCACCAAACGAUUGAUUUCAACGCGAACCCGGAACAAUUGUCGACGCCUUUGCCUUUGGUAAUUGCCCAUGAGCUGUGGCGCAUGAUAUUUUUGUUCAAGCGUGACGGUUAUCUGGAAACGGUUGGCCCUGCUGGCACCAACGCGCUGAAUGUUCACGUUCAAGGAAUGGUAGACAUGAUGACCGCUAUGGAGCGCGUCGCGAACACACCCAUCCCACGGUCUUACAGCAUCCACCUGAAGCAAUGCGUGACACUUUAUUUGUUUGUUCUCCCAUUCACACUCAUUAAAGACUUGGGUUGGGGAAUGGUUCCGAUCGUGACCGUCGUGGCCUUCACGUUGAUGGGCAUCGAAGGCAUUGCGGACGAGAUUGAGAUGCCAUUCGGACUGGACAAAUCUGAUCUUCCGCUAGAGCGUUAUUGCGACGAUCUCAAAGAGGAGAUCGAGUACAUUGUUGAGAGGCUACCCGACGGUGGAGAGGGGAUGUACGGUAUUGAUGAUGGAUUAGGAGAUGACUGA